CUCCACCAGUAAAACGAAACCAAAAGUCUUCAACUCACCGGCUGACUGUUCGGACAUUAUCACGAGGCUCAAAGAUAUUUUACAUCUCACGGUCUGAAGAUUAUUAUGGGAUAUUUUGGAGAGAGCUGCUUCUAAAAUGAGUCUCUAUGAGGAGAGAGAGGAUGGAGCUGUUCACCAUCAGAGAGCAGCAUCUCCAGAAUCCAGCUGUGUGUCUAUGAAGAGUAACAACUCUAUGCUUUAUCCUCCUGAUCUCAGUGAUGGAGUGAUCAGACAGAGAAACACAUUUGAACCUCCAGAAUUCAGCUGUGUGUCUAUGAAGAGUAACAACUCCAUGCUUUAUCCUCCUGAUCUCAGUGAUGGAGUGAUCAGACAGAGAAACACAUUUGAACCUCCAGAAUUCAGCUGUGUGUCUAUGAAGAGUAACAACUCCAUGCUUUAUCCUCCUGAUCUCAGUGAUGGAGUGAUCAGACAGAGAAACACAUUUGAACCUCCAGAAUUCAGCUGUGUGUCUAUGAAGAGUAACAUCUCCAUGCUUUAUCCUCCUGAUCUCAGUGAUGGAGUGAUCAGGCAGAGAAACACAUUUGAACCUCCAGAAUUCAGCUGUGUGUCUAUGAAGAGUAACAACUCCAUGCUUUAUCCUCCUGAUCUCAGUGAUGGAGUGAUCAGGCAGAGAAACACAUUUGAACCUCCAGAAUUCAGCUGUGUGUCUAUGAAGAGUAACAACUCCAUGCUUUAUCCUCCUGAUCUCAGUGAUGGAGUGAUCAGGCAGAGAAACACAUUUGAAACUCCAGAAUUCAGCUGUGUGUCUAUGAAGAGUAACAACUCCAUGCUUUAUCCUCCUGAUCUCAGUGAUGGAGUGAUCAGGCAGAGAAACACAUUUGUACCUCCAGAAUUCAGCUGUGUGUCUAUGAAGAGUAACAACUCUAUGCUUUAUCCUCCUGAUCUCAGUGAUGGAGUGAUCAGAAUCACCAGAGGGAGAAAGAGAGCGAGAGAUACAUCACAUGAUGAAACCGACUAUGAAGAAGCUGAUAAAACACUGGCCCAGAGAAUCAAACUUCUAGAAUAUCAAGAAGAGUCCAUGGGUAACAGCUCCAUGUUUGAUCCCUCUAAUCUCAGUGCUGACUCAGUGAACAGAAAACAUUCACCCUUCUUUCAAAGUGACCGCAUUGAUACCUGGGAUCUCAUUACUGACGCAGUGAACAGUGUGGAGAGAGCUGAUCUGAUCAGAUCUGGGACGUCCGAUCGGACAGAAGCAGUGGAUGAUGUCCUACAGAGACUCAAAGACACUCACAAAACCAUCAUGAAGAACCAGUAUGAGAGUUUAUUUGAGGGAAUCAAACUACAAGAGAAUCAAACCCUCCUGAACAGGAUUUACACACAGCUCUACAUCAUCGAGGGAGAGAGUGAAGGAGUGAAUGAAGAACAUGAGGUUUUACAGAUGGAGAAAAGUUACAGGACACUCCAAGACACUCCAAUCAACUGCAAUGACAUCUUUAAACCUUUAUCUGAACCAGGAUGUGAGGAGAAGAGAAGAGAAAACAUCAAGACUGUUCUCACUAAAGGCAUCGCUGGAAUUGGAAAAACAGUCUCUGUGCAGAAGUUCAUUGUGGACUGGGCCGAGGGAAAAGCCAAUCAAGAUGUAGAUUUCAUGUUUGUGCUUCCAUUUCGAGAGCUGAACUUGAUUAAAGAUCACCAGUACAGUCUUCACAAACUUCUGCUGGACUUUCAUCCUGACCUUCAUGAUCUGGACUCAAAGAUUUAUGAUGAGUGUAAAGUUGUGUUCAUCUUUGAUGGUCUGGAUGAAAGCAGAAUUCCUCUGAAGUUUUCAGACAGUGAGAAAGUUUCUGAUGUGACUGAGACUUCAUCAGUGGGUGUGUUGAUGUCAAACCUCAUCAAAGGAGAUCUGCUUCCCUCCGCUCUCAUCUGGAUCACCUCCAGACCAGCAGCAGCCAAUCAGAUCCCCUCAGAAUACAUCAACCGUGUGACCGAAAUCCAGGGAUUCAAUGACCCUCAGAAGGAGGAAUAUUUCAGGAAGAGAAUCAGUGAUGAGCAUCAAGCCAGCAGAAUCAUCUCACACAUUAGAAGAGCAAGAAGCCUCCACAUCAUGUGCCACAUACCAGUCUUCUGUUGGAUCUCAUCCACUGUGCUUCAAAACAUCCUGAAACAAGACGACAGUGCAGAAAUCCCUCAAACUCUGACUGAAAUGUACAUCCACUUCCUGCUCAUUCAGAUCAAAAUGAGGAAUGAGAAGUAUGAAGAGAGAGAUCCAGAGAAAGUGAUUGUGAAACUUGCUGAACUGGCUUUCAAACAGCUGAUGAAGGGCAAUGUCAUGUUCUAUGAGGAGGACCUGAUUGAGAGCGGCAUAGACGUCACUGAAGCCUCAGUGUAUUCUGGGAUCUGCACUGAAAUCUUUAAAGAGGAAUCUGUGAUUUAUCAGAGGAAAGUCUACAGCUUCAUUCAUCUGAGCUUUCAGGAGUUUUUUGCAGGACUUUAUGUGUUUUUCUGUUAUUUACACAAGAACCGUGAGACUCUGAAAAUGUUUCUGAGAGGAAAACACAGAACUCGAUGUAAGAAGGUUCCUCUGGAUGUGUUUCUGAAGGAAGUAGUGAAUGAAGCCCUCAAGAGUAAAACUGGACAUCUGGAUCUUUUCCUUCGAUUCCUUCAUGGCAUCUCACUGGAGUCCAAUCAGAGACUCUUACAGGAUCUACUGAAACACACAGAGAACAAUCCAGAGAUCAUGAAGAAAAUAAUCCAAAACCUCAAACGAGGUCAAAAACAAAACGUCAGUCCUGAAAGAUGGUUGAAUCUCUCACACUGUUUGAUUGAAAUGAAAGAUAAUUCUGUUGUUGAAGAAAUGCAGAUCUUUUUAAAAUCUGAAACAAAGAAAAAUCUUUCUCUUGCACAAUGUUCAACUUUGGCCAACAUUAUACUGAUGUCAGAGGAGGUGCUGGAUGAGUUUGACCUCAACAAAUACAAAAUAAAAACAAGAAAUGGUCGACAGAGACUCGUACCAGCUGUGAGGAACUGCAGAAAAGCUCUUAUGUCGGGCUGUGAUCUGAUGGUUCAGCACUGUGAAAUUGUGUCAUCAGCUCUACAAUCAUCAAACUCUCCUCUGAGAGAGCUGGACCUGAGUAACAAUGACGUGCAGGAUUCAGGAGUGAAGCUGAUCUGUGAUGCACUGAAGACUACAAACUGUCAUCUGGAGAUACUGAGAUUGUGCGGCUGUAAUCUCACUGAUCAAUGUUGUGAAAGUCUGGCGUCAGCUCUACAAUCAUCAAACUCUCCUCUGAGAGAGCUGGACCUGAGUAACAAUGACCUGCAACAUUCAGGAGUGAAACUGAUCUCUGAUGCACUGAAGAGUACAAACUGUCAUCUGGAAAUACUGAGAUUGUGCGGCUGUAAUCUCACUGAUCAAUGUUGUGAAAGUCUGGUGUCAGUUCUACAAUCAUCAAACUCUCCUCUGAGAGAGCUGGACCUGAGUAACAAUGACCUGCAGGAUUCAGGAAUGAAGCUGAUUUCUGAUGCACUGAAGAGUACAAACUGUCAUCUGGAGAUACUGAGAUUGUGCGGCUGUAAUCUCACUGAUCAAUGUUGUGAAAGUCUGGCGUCAGCUCUACAAUCAUCAAACUCUCCUCUGAGAGAGCUGGAUCUGAGUAACAAUGACCUGCAGGAUUCAGGAGUGAAGCUGAUCUCUGAUGCACUGAAGAGUACAAACUGUCAUCUGGAGAUACUGAGAUUGUGCGGCUGUAAUCUCACUGAUCAAUGUUGUGUAAGCCUGGCGUCAGCUCUACAAUCAUCAAACUCUCCUCUGAGAGAGCUGGAUCUGAGUAACAAUGACCUGCAGGAUUCAGGAGUGAAGCUGAUCUCUGAUGCACUGAAGAGUACAAACUGUAAACUAGAGAUAUUGAGAUUGUGCGGCUGUAAUCUCACUGAUCAAUGUUGUGAAAGCCUGGCGUCAGCUCUACAAUCAUCAAACUCUCCUCUGAGAGAGCUGGAUCUGAGUAACAAUGACCUGCAGGAUUCAGGAGUGAAGCUGAUCUCUGAUGCACUGAAGAGUACAAACUGUAAACUAGAGAUAUUGAGAUUGUGCGGCUGUAAUCUCACUGAUCAAUGUUGUGAAAGUCUGGCAUCAGUUCUACAAUCAUCAAACUCUCCUCUGAGAGAGCUGGACCUGAGUAACAAUGACCUGCAGGAUUCAGGAGUGAAGCUGAUCUCUGAUGCACUGAAGAGUACAAACUGUCAUCUGGAGAUACUGAGAUUGUGCGGCUGUAAUCUCACUGAUCAAUGUUGUGAAAGUCUGGCUUCAGCUCUACAAUCAUCAAACUGUCCUCUGAGAGAGCUGGGCAUGAGUAACAAUGACCUGCAGGAUUCAGGAGUGAAGCUGAUCUCUGAUGCACUGAAGAGUACAAACUGUCAUCUGGAGAUACUGAGUUUGUGCGGCUGUAAUCUCACUGAUCAAUGUUGUGAAAGUCUGGCGUCAGCUCUACAAUCAUCAAACUCUUCUCUGAGAGAGCUGGACCUGAGUAACAAUGACCUGCAGGAUUCAAGAGUGAAGCUGAUCUCUGAUGCACUGAAGAGUACAAACUGUCAUCUGGAGAUACUGAGAUUGUGCGGCUGUAAUCUCACUGAUCAAUGUUGUGGAAGUCUGGCGUCAGCUCUACAAUCAUCAAACUCUCCUCUGAGAGAGCUGGACCUGAGUAACAAUGACCUGCAGGAUUCAGGAGUGAAGCUGAUCUCUGAUGGACUGAAGAGUACAAACUGUCAUCUGGAGAUACUGAGAUUGUCCACCUGUAAUCUCACUGAUCAAUGUUGUGAAAGUCUGGCGUCAGCUCUACAAUCAUCAAACUCUCCUCUGAGAGAGCUGGACCUGAGUAACAAUGACCUGCAGGAUUCAGGAUUGAAGCUGAUCUCUGAUGCACUGAAGAGUAAAAACUGUCAUCUGGAGAUACUGAGAUUGUCCACCUGUAAUCUCACUGAUCAAUGUUGUGAAAGUCUGGCGUCAGCUCUACAAUCAUCAAACUCUCCUCUGAGAGAGCUGGACCUGAGUUACAAUCGACUGCAGGAUUCAGGAGUGAAGCUGAUCUCUGAUGGACUGAAGAGUACAAACUGUCAUCUGGAGAUACUGAGAUUGUGCGGCUGUAAUCUCACUGAUCAAUGUUGUGAAAGUCUGGCGUCAUCUCUACAAUCGUCAAACUCUCCUCUGAGAGAGCUGGACCUGAGUAACAAUGACCUGCAGGAUUCAGGAGUGAAGCUGAUCUCUGAUGCACUGAAGAGUACAAACUGUCAUCUGGAGAUACUGAGAUUGUGCGGCUGUAAUCUCACUGAUCAAUGUUGUGAAAGUCUGGUGUCAGCUCUACAAUCAUCAAACUCUCCUCUGAGAGAGCUGGAUCUGAGUAACAAUGACCUGCAGGAUUCAGGAGUGAAGCUGAUCUCUGAUGCACUGAAGAGUACAAACUGUCAUCUGGAGAUACUGAGAUUGUGCGGCUGUAAUCUCAAUGAUCAAUGUUGUGAAAGUCUGGCAUCAGCUCUACAAUCAUCAAACUCUCCUCUGAGAGAGCUGGAUCUGAGUAACAAUGACCUGCAGGAUUCAGGAGUGAAGCUGAUCUCUGAUGCACUGAAGAGUACAAACUGUAAACUAGAGAUAUUGAGAUUGUGCGGCUGUAAUCUCACUGAUCAAUGUUGUGUAAGCCUGGCGUCAGCUCUACAAUCAUCAAACUCUCCUCUGAGAGAGCUGGAUCUGAGUAACAAUGACCUGCAGGAUUCAGGAGUGAAGCUGAUCUCUGAUGCACUGAAGAGUACAAACUGUAAACUAGAGAUAUUGAGAUUGUGCGGCUGUAAUCUCACUGAUCAAUGUUGUGAAAGUCUGGCAUCAGUUCUACAAUCAUCAAACUCUCCUCUGAGAGAGCUGGACCUGAGUAACAAUGACCUGCAGGAUUCAGGAGUGAAGCUGAUCUCUGAUGCACUGAAGAGUACAAACUGUCAUCUGGAGAUACUGAGAUUAUCUGGCUGUAUGGUGACAGAGGUCGGCUGUUGUUAUGUUGCUUCAGCUCUUAUUUCCAACCCUUCACACCUGAAAGAGCUGGACUUAAGCUACAAUCACCCAGGAAAAUCAGGAGUCAAACUGCUCACUGAGAGACUCAAUGAUCCACACUGCACACUGGACAAACUCAAGCUGAACUUCUCUGAUCCUGAACCUUCUGGACUGAAUCUUCAUCCACUCCAGAACUGUCAGUCUUGUGUUCACAUAGUGGAUUCAGAUCAGUGGAUUCAGAUUGAGCCAUCAGUCUUUACAGUUGAAGGAGUGUCAAAGUUCAAGGUCAGCACUCAACCUGGGCGUUACGAGUGUAUCAGGACCAGAAUGCGAUGGGUCUGUGUUUGUGAUGUCACCCUGCAGUACCACACAGUGGAUGGCCGUUUCCUCAAUGAAGAGCUGGAAAGGCUGCAGUAUAACCGGAUUGGUCCUGUGAUUGAUGUGACUGUGAUCUCAGGGAAAUUGGAAGAAGCCCAUCUGCCUCAUUAUGCUUGUUUAGCAGACUCUGACCCCUCUCUCAAAGAUGCUGUGAAAGUCCUCAGUGUAAAAGAUGAAGGAAUAUCAGUAGAGCCAGUGGAGUUGACUCGUUUUCAUGGCAAAAUAUUCCAACCCUCCUUCUCCUUUAAAACAUUUAUUAUAGAUUGGAUAAUACAAUGUGAGGAACACUGUGAUCUUCUUCUCUAUAUGCGGUGUAAAGUUCCUUGCAUUCUCCAUGUUUACAUUUUUCCAUUUGAUUCUCAUUCUAAAGAAGUAGUUGAGAAGAAUGAAAGAUCAAGUUAUCAGAUCAGCCAUCCUAGACCUGACAGGCCAUUUCGGAUAAAUACACCUCACCUGCUUAAUGUUCCUGGUGCUUCUGUCCAUCCCAAAGAAGGGAUUACACUCAGAAGUGGUAUUGACCCAAACUUCUUCAAGAUAAAGCAACAACUGGAGAAUGAUAUUGAAAUGACUCUCAUCAGAGAGGAGGAUCAAAAGGUUGUCUGGACUGCAACAAUUGAGAAGGAUGAACUUGCCCAGAUAAAUCCAAAGAAAGAUGAGCCGCAUCUGAAGAGUGAAACUGAUAAAGCUGAAUUUUUUGAUAAACACUGGGGAACUCUUGUUGAAAGGGUUCAAAAUGUGAGACCUGUUGCAGAUAAACUGCUUGAGCAGCGAAUCAUUCUUGGUGAACAAUAUGCAGGUAUUACACAUACUAAUUCAACAUGUCAGGACAGCAUGAGAGAGAUCUGUACCAUAGUGCGUGCGGGUGGUAGCAUUGUAAAAGCUAAAUUCAUCUCAAUACUUCAUGAAGUGGAACACUACCUUUUAGAAGAUCUGUCUGGUUCUACUCCUUAACCUCAAAGUGAAUGUAAUUAAAACAGCCUUAUAAGUGAAGUGCAUAAUUUAAAAAUUUUCAAUUUGAAAAUAUUUCUGCUGUCACACUUUAAUGUGCUGAAACUCUAUUUGUUUUAGUACGGGGACCUAAAAUUAUGGUGAGGUGGUUGGGGUGAAAACCAACAAUGGCACAUUAAAACAAUACAAGAUUUAUGAACAGCUGUAUGUUUUGGAUGAGAAUGUAUCAAUGAAUGAAUGACGAGUUGCUUACUACCCAAUGUUUAAUGUCAGAACUACCAGAUGCAUUUGUGUGUAUCGAAACUUCAAAUAUGUCCUUUGCCAAUAUAUAGUUUAGUGUAUAUAUUUAAAUUUUGAGAAGAAGCUGGGGCUUAGUGCUCACUUAUUCUUGAGAUAAGAGAGAAAAAAUGUUUUUUUCUUUAUUAUUAUUAUUUUGAUUAAUAUGACAAUACAAAUUUUGUCAAGGAUAACACAAUAAAGUUAAAAAAUGAUUUC